CAUAUUUUAUACGCAUAUUUUGAGUGUUUUUGGUGAAUUUUAAAUGCCUAGUUCCUGCUUAUUAUUAUCUUUUGGACUUAAUUGUGAAACUAAUAAAUAUUCUUCAUGGUUUUGAUAGGUUUUGGAUAAGAGGAUCGAAUUUUGAAGAGUUUGAAUCUGUGCGCGUUUACUGUGCGGUGUGCCCAUACUGUCUGUGAUGUCCGAAAUUAAGGCUGAAUUGGCGAGAGUUGGGCGACUGAUAUCUCUUUUACUUUCUUUUAGUGGGCUUUGACUUUUAAAAGGGCUGCAUUUUGCCUUAUAUCUUUAGUUAGGCCCAUGGGCCAUUUUUUAUAUUACUUUAUUAGAUUAGGUUUGUUAUUUCCAUAGAUAUAUAUAUAUAUAUUUGUGAUGAUACACGCUUAGAGAGACAUCACAUAUAGACGCCACCCAUUCUGGAGAGCAGCUGGGACGUGAUUUUGGAGCAAUUUAAUUCAAGUUUUCUUUUCUUCAUCUGUUCUUCGCAAUUUAUUUCUUAAUUUUCUUUAUUUAUUUGUUUAUGCGUUCUAGCUAAUUCGUUUAUUCCAGCAUCGAUUAGGGAAGCACUAGCAAGAUUAUUCUGUGAGAUCUAAUUUGUUCUUAUACUUUAUUUUUAUGCUUGUAUCUGUGAUUCUCUGUGUUUAUCGUUAUUAAUUGUUUUAAUCCAUUAAGUAGUGCGCAAUAUUUAGUGGGUUAGAAUUAAUUAUACAACCAAUUGAACCGGCCAUCCGUAAUUGUGGUUUAGGUUUGAUUAGUGGUAAAUUGACACAUCAGGGUCAAGGGAAAAGUAGUCUUAAUUCAAUAAUCCUGCGUCAGAGUUUAUUGAUUUUGAAUCGGGUUUCUCUAGUAAUUAAUGCUGUCGGCUCAUUAAACCUAUAGAGCGUCUCUUACGGUUGUCAGUCGAUUAGGGUAGUAAUUAGUGAAGCGUCUUCCUGGUUACCAAAUAAUUAAGGAGAAAUAAGAUCACGUCAGAAGCGUCUUCGGUGGUUAUAACUGGUUUGCUUGCAUAAAUUAAAGUUAUAUUUGCAUCAAUGAUCGGAAUAAUUAAGCUAGGGUGGACUUAAUUGAUUGCUGGAAUUCUUUAUUAAUUGUUAGAAUUUUCUAUUUAUUUAUUUAGGAUUAGAACCUUUGCAAUUCUUUUGGGUUUUAUUUAUUUAUUUCUAUUUUAGUAUUUUCUCAAUAUUUUCCCCAUAAAUCUCGUUUUUGGAGUUUCUUUACAGGUUGGAUUUUAGGAGAAUUCUCGCCGAUCCCUUGGGAGACGAUUUUGCUUGCUGCUUCUGCGCAGUGUGGGCAUACCGGCUGACUGCCGGAUAUUUUUGGUGUAAAACGACGCACCAAAUUUUGGCGCCGUUGCCGGGGAUCGGUUUUUAAGUAAUGGGGACGAUGACCGUGAUGAUUUUCUGCCACCACCACCGUUGAUAAGAGAGUUGGGCCGCCACAAGAGAAAUCAUCCGCUAUGCAUUGUGUUGCCCACGAUUAAUCAAAAUGCUGAAAUCAAGCCUGACUUCAUUCAAGUUCUUCCAAAAUUCAGCAACUCGCUUGGAGAGAGUGCACAUAAACAUCUUGCUGAAUUUGAUUUAGUUUGCAUUACUUUACGCCCUCAAGGUUUUUCUGAAGAUCAUUUAAGAUUACUAACUUUUCCUCAUACAUUGCAGGGUAGAGCUCGAGAUUGGUUGUUUGAUCUAUCGCAUGGAUCAAUCAGAACUUGGGACGACUUAGAGGAGCAGUUCUUGCAUAAAUUCUUUCCAGAAUCAAAGGCUGCAAAUCUAAGAAUAGCUAUUAGUAGCAUCAAGCAGAGGCAACAAGAGUGUUUGUCUGAUUAUUGGGAGAGAUUUCAACAAUUAUGUCAUAGAUGUCCUAACCACGGAUUUUCUGAUUAUCAGUUGCUCAUUAAUUAUUUUUAUCGUGGUAUGUCUUCUUUUGACAGGAGGAUUAUUGAUGCUGCUUGUGGAGGAAGUUUGACCAACAAGACCUUAGAUGAAGCAAAACAAUUGAUUUUUGAUAUGGUCACCAAUGGUCAACAAUAUGAGGAUGGGGAUGAUGAUAGGUACAGGCCGAUCAACAUAGCAGAAGAUGUAUGUGUGAAUGAGAAACUCGAUGCUCUAACUUCCUUAGUUAGAGGCCUGGUUGGAGCUCAAAUUCAGAAGGAUAAUCAUCCAAAUUUCAGUUGGAAUCAUUCGCCUGAAUUUUUCACCAGCGCACAGCCGCAGGCUGGGCGGUAUGCCCAUACCGACCGCCCUGAGCCCAGUAUGAGCGAUAUUCUUCAGAGUCUGGCACAGAGCAGCCAGAUUGUUAACAAUUUGGUGCAAAGUCAGCAAGCUUUCCAACAAGAGACGCAAGCUGCGUUGGGUAGUAUGGGCACACAGAUCACUCUGCUCACCACUCAAGUGAACAAGUUGCAAGUAAAUCGUGGAAAACUUCCAUCUCAAGAAGAAGUACAUUCCAAGGAGCAUGUUUAUGCUAUGCAUUUAAUGAGUGAGGAAGAUUUCUUUGAUCCAAAGCCCAUGGAAGAUGAAAAGGAGAAGGAAGAGCAAGAAAGUGCUCAGAAUGAUGAAGUUGUCGAAGAGGCACAACAAUAUGAAAAUCUCUCUUCUUCCGAGGUAAGUGUUGAAUCUAAAAUUUAUAAUUCUAAAGCAUUAAUUUCUCUCACUUUUCCUUUCAGGUUGGCUCAACAUAAGAAUGUAAAUGAGGAAAAUGAGAUUCUGGAAAUAUUCACGAUGAAUAAAGAACCACCAGAAUAUUAUGAUGAAAUUCAAGGGUGUAAAGUGCAGCUGAACCCCACCAAUGACGUUCUCACUCAGCAUCUGUCACGCGGUAUGCCCAUACCGACCAGCACUGGACAGAUUGUGCCUUCAAUUGUGAAACUGCCAAAGCGGAAAUUGAAACCACCUGAUGAUUGAUCCAGUUUCAGGGAAGUUUUUGUUAGUUUACUUUCGUUUUUAUUUUAUUUUAUUUUAUUUUUCUUUUUCUUGUCUUUUAUGCUUUCUUUGUUUUGUGUCUUUGUUCUUAGUAUUUCCCCACACAAUGAGGACAUUGUGUUGUUUAAGUGUGGGGGAGUUUUUAUGUCUUUUGUCUUGAGUCUGUGUGCAUGUUUUGUUUUGGUCUUCCUUUUGAGUCUGUCUAUGGCAACUUUUCAUGCGAGCAUUUCGAUUUGUUAGGAUGAGCAUAUUGAUAUGGAUUGUAUGGUUGUUUUCUUGGAUGAUACAAAAAUGUGUUGAAACCCAUAUGUGUUUGAGGAUGACGAAUGUGCAAAUUGAUCAAUUUUGUUGAAAACCACUCAUAUAGUGAGGAUUGAGCCUUUAGAGCAAUAACUUGAAUGCUCCUUGCUUGUUUUCGAUGAGUGUUAUGCAUUCUUGACUUCUUGAUAUUCGGUUUGCCAUGUUGCCAUAAUAAAUUUUUAAACAACCAAUUGGACUCAUUUGUGAAGAUGAUUUAGGCAUUAGGAAUGAACCUCAUUGGCCUUAAAAAUAUCCUACCUUUCAAUAUUCAUUAGUGAGCCAUUUUGAAGCCUUGACCCUUUUUAUUGUUAUAUAUGAUUGAAGCCUCGAAAAUUUUAGCCAUUAGCCUUCUUUUAGCCUUGCUUUGUCCAUUUCCAGCAUGAUGCAAGUGGUUUGUUUUGUGAUAUUACUUUGUUGGAAGAAUAAGGUUGAUUGAAAUUUAGUGCUUGGUUGGAAUGAUUGAGGAUUGAAAUUGACAAAAGAGGUUGUUGGUUGUUUAAAAAUGAGGUGAUCUUAUGAUGUUAAUUCAAAAAAAAAAAG